GUUCUAGUCUCUAAUGUCCCUCUCUGUCCUCAGUCUUUGUGGCUGUGGUCUGUCUCCUCACAGCUGUGCUCCUCUGGCCUCAGUCCUCAGCUCCUCCAGUCUCACACAUCUGGAUCUCAGUCACAACGACCUCCAGGACUCAGGAGUGGAGCUGCUGUGUUCUGGACUGAAGAGCGCCCCCUGCAGACUGGAGACGCUCAGGCUGUCUGGAUGUCUGGUCUCAGAGAGGGGCGGGGCUGCUCUGGCCUCAGCUCUGAGCUCCGCCCCCUCCCACCUCAGAGAGUUCGACCUGAGCUACAACCAUCCAGGACCCUCCGCCGAGCUCCUGACCGCUCUACAGGACCAGCGCCCCCUGCUGUCUGUCAGGUUGGAUCCUGCUGGAGAGCGCUGGAUGGUUCCAGGUCUGAGGAAGUACUCCUGUGACGUUUCUCUGGACCCAAACUCAGCUCACAGACGUCUGCUUCUGUCUGACGACCAUCGGACUGUGACUCGAGCGAAGGAGGAGCAGAAGUAUCCAGAUCAUGACGACAGGUUCACAAAGUCUGUUCAGGUCCUGAGCUGCACUGGCCUGAGGGGGCGCUGUUACUGGGAGGUGAAGUGGAGCAGGGGGGUUCAUGUAGCAAUGAGUUACAGAAGGACUGGACAGAUGGAACAGGGAGAGGACUGUAUGUUCGGACACAAUGAUCACUCCUGGAGUCUGAGGAUCUGUGACGGAUCCUACUUUGUCCAUCACAACAGCAACUCAACACAACUGCACCGCUCCUGUCACUCAGAGAGAGAGGGCGUGUCCUCUGGUGAAGGGGGCGUGUCCUCGGGCAGAGUGGGCGUGUUUCUGGACUCUGAGGCUGGAGCUCUGUCCUUCUAUGACGUCUCCUCUGAUGGAGAACUGUCCCACCUCUGGACCUUCUCCUCGUCCUUCUCUGAGCCUCUGUUUCCAGGGGUUGGACUGAAGAAAGAAAGUUCCUCUGCGACUCUGGUGAAGGAGAGAAGAUAAAACAGAAGAGAAACUGGACUUGUCCCACGAUGACGACACAACAGUGAAAACAAAAGCGAAAGAGAAAGAAGAAGACAAAAUGGAGCUUCAGUGUCUCUGUUGAAAUUUGAUUUUGACUCAAAAAAAAAAACUGUAAACACAGAAACUGAACGAGGCCACAGUGACUGGACUGGGACAGUUCUUCACUUUGAUCUGUUUUGGACCAGAAGGUUCUGUUGGAUUUGAUGUAAUUUCUCAGUUAGUUAAAGGAGAUAUUUGAGUUCUUAGGGACAUUAACUGUAACACAGAUGAUCGUGUAUUUAAUCACCAUGUUACAUUUUAUUGUUUUGCCCAAAAUGACAUCUUAACAUGUUUGAUAUUUCACUUUUGUUUUUGACUCUGAAUCGCCCCUCGUCCGGCCCCGGCUGCUUGUGUCUUCUUAUGUUCUUAUGAAUAGGCCUUAAAACACAAACUUUUGACGAGAUAAAGUGAGUCGCGUUUCCCUCAUCACCACAUCCACGUAUCAUCUGAAAUCCUGAACUGUUUUUUUGGGGUCUGUAUUUAUCGUGGGGACUUUUUCUUUGCACUAGUUGAAAUGUUUUUUCUGUUUUUCGUUGAUAUGAUGAGAUAUCUGCUGAUGUAAACCUCUGCUCUGUUUGAUUCUGUUGUGUAUUUACUGCAGCUCAUUUUCAUUUUCAACAAUAUUGUACAUUUAGUUUUUGUGUGAAAUAAAUGUAUUUCUGUUCUAUCA